AUGUUUGUUGUGCCUUAUUGGAAUAGGACUAGGAACGCCGCCUUCCUUCGCCGCUUCUUCGUUUCAACCCCUACUGCUCCUUCCUCCGCCUUCCUUCCGCUUCUCCGUCCUAUCUCCCCGUUUGCGUCCCCACUCCUCCGCUUCGUCGCCCCCGUUUAUAUACUAAUAAAGAGCGACUUAGUAAUACUUAGAUAUAAUUGUAUUGUAAAAUUUCCUAAUAAUAAAGAAUAUACUAUAUUUAAAUUAAAGAUAGGUGCUGUACUUACAGUAGUUACAUACCCACGUAGCCCAGUCUGGCUGUGGUCCGUGUACUGGAUCUACAGCGUGCCCUAUAUAGUUCUCAAUUUAUAUCUAUCUCUUAUAACUUAUAAUAUCUAUUAUAGUCCUAAGGAGGGAUGUAGCCAAUUAGAGAAUAAGUAA